GUUUUUCACGAUACGCUGCAAGGAGCGCCUUUUCGCGCCAGGCAUUACACGUUGAAAUCCUAGUGAAAAACGCCUACAAUGCCGCGCCUUCGCUCGCAGACGCGGAUCACCGGCGUUUUGCCGCGCGAGCUCCUGCAGCGCAGCCUGGAGUUUUUGCCUGUUCGUGAGGUAUACUGCGAGGCGCAGCUCAUUUCGAGCGAAUUUCUUUCGGCGUCGCGGCGGGCGCUCACGCGCGGGCGCUGGCGGCCGAUGGCGCUCUUCUCCAAGGAAGCCGAGGAGCACCGGAAUAGAUUUGAAUACGGCGCCGACCUCUCGUCGUGGCACGAGACCUUCAAGGAGGUCUGGGCGCUCGAGCCCGGGGAGGUGUUCUUUGAGCUCGCCUACUGGGACAGUUACCGGUAUGCUGCACUGCGCGCGGGUCAGUUCCUCAAAAUAGUGGAGCCGAACAUCGAAGGGCUGUCGCGGAUCGUCGCCGCCUGCGAGUUAGCGCAAGAGGCAUAUGAUGGUGAUAACGGAAUUGUGCGGCUUGUGGGAAGUUGGGCGAGCAGUCUGGGCCACAAGUUGCGUCUCGGCUACCCCCCGCGUCCCGACUACCACCGACGACUCCUAGACCGGGAUGCGGAGGAUCAAUUAUUUGGUCUCGGGCUGGAGCGGUGGACGGACCCGAAACUCGCGGCGAGCUUCGUACGGGACGUCCUCGAAUACGAUGGUUAUUUUGAAGAGGGGGGGAUGUAUGAAGCUUUGCGUGAGGACUACAAUGAGUGGGAGUUUAUGGAACCCAGCUACCGGCAGAUGCACGAGCGCUGGGCGAGGGAUUGGCGGGAUCGCGACAGGGCCGACGCCUUCGUGGCGGAAUGCGUGCGGCUUCAGGCGGAGGAGGCGCUAGAACAGGAGAGAGACGAGAGGGAGCAGUGGGAGGCCCAGCACGGCUGGAAGUACUGCCCGCACGGGGACAAGUACUGGGACUGUCCGCACUGCAGCGACGAGUGGCAUGCGGGCUUUGACAACGCCUCGGGAGACGACGAGGAGGACUAGGCCGGUCCCUACCCCUCGAGUAAGAGUAUG